UUAAAAAUAGACAUGUAUGAAUAAGCUGUGGCGGGUAAUCAAACGGGGAAGUGAACGAAUCCGUCACUGGUAGCAGCAGUCAAUAAUCGAUAAUGCAGAAUAUUGAUCUUUUCCAGCUAUAAUCUGAAGACUAAAAUAGAUGUCUUGCAACCAGAGCAGUUCUUCUACUUUUUAAACUAAGGUCAAGAAAGGUAGCUACCAUCACUUUACAGAUGAACUAAAGCUGGACAUAAAGAAUGUAUGGAGAUGCCGUACCAGGUGUGGAAGUGACGGUCAUUGACCCUGCCAGAGACCAGCACCAUGGCAUGAGAAAAGCUCAAUCAGAUGGGGCAGAAAUGCAUUUGCUGUCGCCGUCUGAAGAUUUACAUGACCCACUGAGUAUCCAUGGUGAAAAUUCUGUUGAUGAUUUGCUGGGUCGAUCUCCCAAACGCUCAUGUCACAAUUCCUACACUAACCUUUCCCCCAAAGACAUGAAACAUGAAGUGCGUAUAAUGGAAGUCCUACCAUCAGAAGGAAGAGAUUCCAGUACAGAUGGAGCUACCCAUUCAACUGUACACUACAACUGGAAAAUGCCACUACACAUAUUCUCAUCUAAAAAAACAGAUGAGAUUGGAGUGGACACCAAAAGCUUACCUAAAGGGAUCAAGCUGUACUAUGAGAGGCAGGAUAAACUAAUUAGUGCUUAUGAAAGUAUAGCCACAGACUCUAAACUAGACAUGCUCUCCAGGAACAUUCCAGAAUCCAGUACCAUUGUUACAAGGCUCUCACAGAUUUCUUUGCUUGUUAAUUUGUCCCUUAUGAUUGCCAAAGCUGUUGCGGUAGGGAUGUCCAAUUCUCUGUCCAUUAUAUCCAGCCUUGUGGAUUCUGUUGUGGAUCUGGUCUCUGGUAUCAUUAUCUGGUGGACAACACGAGCCAUCCGCAAGAGCAGCGUCUAUGUCUACCCAGUGGGUCGAUCACGUCUAGAGCCAGUAGCCAUCAUUGUAUUGUCUGUGAUUAUGUCCCUUGCCUCUCUAGAAGUUUUGAUUUCCUCCAUCCGUAAGAUGAUUAGCCUCAGUUCCAGCAAAGAAGACAUUGCUAAUUUUGAGAUCCCCACAGUUGUUAUUGCAGCCAGCACUGUAGUGAUAAAGUUCACUUUGGCAGUUUCAUUUUAUUUUGUGAUGAAAAGAAAAAAUAUGCAGUCCAACCCUGUUGAUGCCCUUAUACAAGACCAUCGCAAUGAUACAGUGUCUAAUUUAGUCGCCAUUGUUUGUGGUUAUUUGGGCUCGCAACAGUUUGCCGACAGAGUUAACACAAAAGAAGUAGCUUACAUAGACCCAGGAGGGGCCAUCAUCAUUGCUCUCUACAUCAUCAUCAACUGGUGGAAGACAGGGAUAGCUCAGCUAAGGAUGAUUACUGGCUACACAGCUGACCCAAGCUUUUUAAGUGAGAUCACAUGGAUUUCAUUGAACCACAGCCCAUCAAUUCUAUGCAUUGACACAGUCCGAGCUUUUCACUUUGGUAGUAAAUUUUUGGUGGAGGUGGACAUUGUUUUACAGGAAGAUACUGUAUUGUCAGAGUCCCACAACAUCGGAGAAAGUUUACAGCAAAAACUGGAGAAGCUCAGUAAUGUGGAACGUGCAUUUGUUCAUGUGGACUAUGAAGUUAGUCAUCGACCUCAAGAUGAACACCUGACCACAUGACCCAAAGUUAAAUACCUGCGUCUAGAUGAACAUCUAAACACGUGACCCAAAAAGUUAAACAUCAGCGUCUAAAUGAACAUUUGAAUUCACAACUCAUUGAGCCAGUCAUCAAACACAAGGGGACAUUUACUUAA